ACAUCCUGUUUUACGUGGUAAGGUUAAUUUAAACCAGAUAACAAUAAAACAGCUCCGUUUAAAAUGUUUAUGAUCAUCAAACAGAGCCGAUCUGUAUUUCUUUCUUCGGGUAUAUUUUAUUCACAAACUCUAAGUUUCAUGCUGAAAUAACGUCACUACAUAACAUAAGGAACGGCUGGAUUCCGAGUCAAGUACAGGUAUGAUCAGGGUAUUUCUGGCACAUAACCGACUUCCACUACGACUUCUCUUACCAUGGUCUACAGCUGUCCUGUAACCCGGACAACCUACCUACCAACCCGGGUCAGUUCGGUGACUUCUGGUGUGAUUCUCCAUGGUCCCUUGUGAACAGUAGUGUCCGAGCAAUGGCGGAUAUCAGAUCCAAUGUGGACUUUGUGCUUUGGACAGGAGAUACAGUGUUGCAUGGGAAGGACAAAGACCUAAGCUACACCAUCAAUGCCGGUAUUCUAGAUAACGUAACCGACGUCAUCCAGACAACGUUGCCGGGAGUGCCUGUGUAUGCGACGUUUGGAAACCAUGACUACUGGCCGAAUAACCAGUUCCCGCCGCACAACAAUCUGUUAUAUAACGAAACGCUAGAUAAUAGAUGGCGCCAGUGGUUGAAUGAUUCUUCGCAGGAUGACAAUUUUAGAAAAGGGGCGUAUUAUACUAAAACGACACGGUAUGGGUUAAGGAUCGUUGCUUUGAACACAAAUCUUUACUAUACAUCUAACAAAGCCAUACUCAACUAUACAGACCCAGCGGAUCAAAUAGCCUGGCUCAACUCAACACUCUCUCAGGCCCGGGCCAACCAAGAAAAGGUCUUGAUUACCGCCCAUAUUCCACCGGGUGUACACACGCCUAAUGGGUUGAUUUGGAUGCAUCUCGUCUAUCACAGACCUCUUGUCGCCGUAAUGCGGGAUUACACAGAUAUUAUCGUUGCAAUGCACUUCGGACACGACCAUGCUGACGGGUUUAAAGUUCUGAAAAACAACAAAGGAGAAGCGGCGGUACCGAUAUUUAUGGCUCCGUCCGUCACUCCCUGGAGGUACAAAAUCCCACAAGAGAUAGGCCCUGCACAUAAUCCCGGUAUUCGCCUCGUGAAAUACGACAGAUCAACUGGUGGCCAUCUUGAAAUACAACAAUACUACCUUGACCUUGUCAAAGCUAACAAGAAUGGAUUCGCCAGCUGGGAACUCGAGUACAAUACAAGCUCUCAUUACGGACUAAGCACUCUGACGGCAACCACAUUACUGAAACUGGCAGAAAAGAUGAAGAAACCCACAAGUAAUGAGUUCAAAAAUUACUGGAAAUUUUACACUGUUACUCCACCUACAAAUCUACAAGAUUCUUGCGAUGAAGACUGCCACUCCUCAAUUAUUUGUGGUUUCACAGAAUUUGAAAUGGAAGACUUUAAAUCAUGCAAAACAAAUAUGGUUUCGAAUGCUUGGAGGCCUUCAAACUUUCUUAUAGAAUACUUGUUUGUUCUUGUAUCAUAUUUAGCUCUCUGGUGAAACAUCAGCAUUGUUUGAUUUAUAUUGUGUAUAAGGGAUCGACAAUUUUUUUAUCAGUGAACAAGAGUUCUUGACUUACAAUCUUAACAUUAAAAUACGGAAUGCAUAAGGACACCAAAUACAAGCUUGUAGAAUACACUUUUGAUUUUGAUACAAAUAAAAAAUCUUGGAAUCGCGUAAUUUUUAACUCGGAAAAAUUAUAAGCGCUAAUAAGAGGUAUGUUUAAAGCAAACUUAAUGUGAUGUGCUUUAUGGCCAAAACAUAAAUUAUCUUCACAGUGUAUGUUAUUAUACAUAAUAUACGGCAAUAAUGCCCUUAGUGCUUAUUUAUAGGUUCUAUACGGAUAUGUAAAUAUAAAAAUGUAUAAAAGAAUUUACUGGGAAAUAAGUGAAAUUGUAGAUACAGUGCGAAUCUCCGGGUGAAUAAGUGAACACAAUAUAUAUUAGACACAACUGAGAAAUUAGUAGCUAUAAUAAGAAUUUACUAGGUAAUAAGUUGACACAAUAUAUAUGUGACUAAGCUGAGGGACAGGAAUUUGCAGCCUUUGGACAUAAGUAGAUAUAUGACACAUAGCUGAGGAAUUGGCAGAUCAUAAAAGGAACUUAUGGGAAAUAACUGGACGCGAUAUACAAAUGUAUAUAAGAUUCUGCUGAGGAAUUGGUAGACAUAAUAAGAAUCCACUGGGAAAUACGUGGACACGAUAUCCUCGGAAAUAAGUGGACAUAAUAUACAUAAUAUACAGCUGAUUUAAUGGUUGACAUAAUGAGAAUAUUCUGGGAAAUAAGUGGACACGAUAUUUAUGAGUUACGUACAGGUGUGGAAUUAGUAGACACUAAAACAGCCAUGAAAGAUUACAAAUACCCCCGAAAUGGGAAAUAAGUGGACACGAUAUAUAUGAUUUAUAGGUGUGGAAUUAGUAGACACUAAAACAGCCAUGAAGGAUUACAGAUGCCCCCGAAAUGGCGCACUGAUGCAGACGGCCAUCUUGCAUCAGAUAACGACAUUUCAUACCAGAAAACACAUUCUGUGUACAUCUAUGCCCAGAGGAACAUAAGAACAUGUUUUAUGUCAUGCGCUGUGCAUAAUUAUACCGGUCACUUCUGUGGUGUUUGAAGGGAAUGCAAUAAAAACUAUAAAAGUAGUUCGCUGCACAAGGAAACUAAAAAAAUCUAAUACGGCCGCCAGUCGGCAAUCUUAUAUCCGAUCAAAACUGUUUAUGUCAGAUUAUGCGUCUUAAAAUGUCAACCACUUCUUUGAGGUCUGAAGAAAAUGCAGCAAAAAACUGUAGAAGAAGUGAGCUUCACAAUGAAAUUAACACCAUUCCCAAGUCAAGUGUAGCAACGAGUACGUAACACUGGCUGUGUUUCAUAUAUAUCGUGUCCACGUAUUUCAAGGAGAUUCUUAUUAUGUCUCAUGUAUAUUGUGUCCACUUUUACAUAGAAGUUUCUUUUCAUGUCUACCAUUUCCUCAGAUAUGUCUCAUAUAUAUGGGGUUCACUUAUUUUUCAGAGGUUUCUUAUUUUGUGUACCAAUGCUAGAGCUGUUCACUACCUUCCAAGGUGAUUCCAACUAUAUCUACCGAUACCUCAGCUGUGUGUCAUAUAUUUCUUGUCAACUUAUUUCUCAGUGGAUUAGAAUAAUGUCAACCAAUUUAUCACCUGGGUCGCAUAUAAAUCAUACCACUUUUUCGCA